UAGAGAUUUUUAUAGAGUAGUGAGAGCAAAAUGGCACAGAUGCAGCGAGAAGAAGUAGAGUCCAUCACGACGGAGAAGAAAGGAUUAGACGGAGGCGGCGGAUCUUCAGGCGCUCAGGCCACGGCGUUCAAAUUCAACGCUCAGGCUCCGGAAUUUGUACCACGAUCACAUACCACCGCACCAGCACCGCAGGUUUCUCCGGUGUCCGGUUACUUUUAUCCUUGUUUCCACUACAACGGCGGUUGCAUAGGAGGAUGCGGCGGAGGAGUCUGCGGUGGUGGAGGGACCGGCGUUGGUACUCAAUCUUCGGAUUGGAUCUACGUGGGAGGAGGAGAUCCUACUGCUCAGCAUCAACAUGUUCAUGAUCCGGCUGCUGCGUUUUACAUUUCGAAUCCGGCGGUUCAGUUUCCGGCUAACCAGAACUCGUCUUCGUCGUCGAAGAAUCUGCUUUCCGAUGAUCUCCGUCUUAAGAUCGUCAAACAGGUUGAGUACCAGUUUACUGACAUGAGUCUCCUAGCCAACGAGUCCAUUUCAAAGCAUAUAAGCAAAGAUCCUGAAGGUUAUGUGCCCAUAUCAUAUAUUGCUUCGACCAAGAAGAUCAAGGCUUUAACGAGUAACCACCACCUAGUUUCACUUGCUCUACGCUCCUCUUCAAAGCUUGUUGUGAGUGAAGAUGGUAAGAAAGUUAAGCGUACAAGUCCAUUUACUUAUAGAGACAGAGAGGAAUUGCAGGGCAGGACUGUCGUUGCAGAGAAUUUGCCAGAUGAUCAUUCUUACCAGAACCUUGAGAAGAUCUUUGGAGUUGUUGGAAACGUCAAAGCCAUUCGUAUCUGUCAUCCUCCAGAAUCCAACUCCUCUCGUCCAAAAGGCGAUUUCUUGAUGAGCAACAAAAUUCACGCCCUUAUCGAGUAUGACAACACUGUUAUCGCAGAUAAAGCUGUGGAGAAGCUGAACGAUGAAAGAAACUGGAGGAAAGGGCUUCGUGUGAGGCUGCUUCUUAGAUGUUCGCCCAAAUCAGUGCUCAAGAACCGAAGAAACUUCGAUGGAAUUCUCAUCGAUGAUGAACUUCCUUCUUAUGAAUCUGGAGAAGACUCUCCGCGUCUCCAUUUAACCGAAUCACAGCUUGAUAACGACGGUGAUGACAACAAUGUUGGUGGACUGUGGGGUAAAGGGAGAGGAAAAGGACGAGGACGAUCCCCAAGAAGCUACGCAGUAGGAGGAGGAGGACGUAGCUUUGGGAUUGGGCUCGGAGUCAGCCUCGGGAUACCGAGCCUAGGCUUACACGAAUCUUCGUCUCCUAAAACAGCAACAAAGGGACCAAGAAUGCCUGAUGGAACCAGAGGCUUCACCAUGGGACGUGGCAAACCUUCCAUCUCACUCUCACCAAACAAUCUCUAAAUAGUUACCGACCACAACUACUACUAUUUAUUAUUGAUUUAUUAUAAUAGAGGUAAAAUUAAGUU